AUGCCCGUCGAGACCAUCGAGAACGUGGCCACGCUGACCGCCAAGGCUAACGUCUACUUCGAUGGCAAGUGCAUCAGCCACGGGUUCGUCACCGCAGACGGCCAGAAGCAGUCCGUGGGCGUCGUUCUCGCCGCCGAACUGACCUUCACCACCGGCGCUGCCGAGGUCAUGACCUGCGUCGGAGGCUCGUGCGAGUACAGGCUCAAGGGCACCGAAGCGUGGGUGAAGCAGGAGGCGGGCGACGCGUUCUCGAUCGAGGGAAACAGCUCGUUCGACAUCAAGGUCGCGGAUCAGUACCACUACAUCUGCUCCUACGCCUGAGCGACGGUGCAUCGCCCUCGCGCUUCGCUUUCGUCAGGCAACGAAGUCGUUGCUGCCACCCUUCCUUUGCGUUAUUGGUUUAGUCGCGCGGCGCGUUUCGUGUUUUGAAUUCGAUGAGAGAGUCUAUGGAAGAAUCA